UCUCACCCCGCCCAACUCACGCGCGAUUCACGGCAGCGCGAGACUCCGCGAGACCAGACAUUUAAUGUCAUUUUCUGCUCUUUCUUCCCCGUAUUCCUGCAAAACUCCGCCGCCUUUAGCGGCAAAAUAGCGGCAGAAUCCGUGAAUGCAAUCGAUAAGCUAUGGAUGAAGAGGAGCAUGGCAGCUACCAGAACCGCCUGCACCAGUCACAACCGGACACCGGCAGGCAGCAGGAACCGGCCCCGUGGCCACUGGUGAGCCAUGCUGGCCCACAGGACCUGGCCCCCUGGCCUGUGGAGGCCGUGGCCCGACAGGACUGUGACUACCGGUCACAGGAGGACUUGUCUCGGCACCAGGGCGGGGCGCAGUGGGUGGGGGGCAGAGGUCCGGCACACCCGUACCAUCACCAUGGAGACGGUGGUCAAGACUGGCCAAUGGCGGAGACAGAGAGACGGCCCGAACACCACGAUUGGCCUCAAGAUCCGCUCAAGCAGGAGGCCGACCGCGGCACCUUCCAAACCCUGCAGGGAGAGCGCAGAGACAGGCAAGACUGUGACUACAGGGCACAGGCAGACACCGACACUCACCGGGACCUGGUGGAAGAACUGCGGCAGGAGACCUACCCAGAUUCAAACCCUCAGCAACAGCAUGAGACCAACCCCGACACAACCACUCAGCAAUACCAACCCAGACCCCAGGGGGGGCCCUAUCCUUUAGAGAUAGCAGGGCAGGGGGAGGCACACCACUCCAGGGCGAGGGCGGACUCCCAAGGGGGUCACUUUUCGUCCCCUGUAAUACUCCCCCCUCGUAAGUCCUUCCUGAGCAGGGAAUCAGAGAUGACGGUGGGAGAAACUUACGUGGUGAAGGAAAUACCCCCGGAGAACCAGCCUUUCACGAGUCUGACCUUCUCACCCCGAGGGGAGUCUAGUGAAGGUCAGGAGACCACGGGACGACUCGACCUUCCUGAGGGAGAAACCCUGCCUGGUGUGGAGGAUGGUCCAGCUGUAGAGGAGGAGGAGGAGGAGGAGGAUGGAGAUGGGGAAGAUGCUAGAGAGCCAACACCCAGUGCCCAGAAGGACAUUGGUGCCCGCCAGCACCAGGAGGAGGUGGGGGACCUGCUGCUGUCCUGCACACUGGAGGGGUGUGACUUUACCACUCAGACAAGGUUUGUCUUUAAGGAGCAUGUGCGUAAGGUGCACAACGGGAAGCUGUACGGCUGCCUGAAGUGUUCGCUCCUCUUCUCCACUGUGGACGCCCUGAAGGCCCACAAGCCGCAGCACAAACCCUUCCGCUGCCCUCACUGCAGCUUCGCAUGCUCACUGGAGGUCAAGUACCACCGCCACAUGCAGGGGCAUGAUGGGAAGCAACAGGGGCGUGAUGGGAAACAACAGGGGCAUGAUGGGAAACAAGAGGAACAUCAUGGGAAACAUUCGCAUCAGGGGUAUGAUGGGAAACAGGAGGAGGAUGGGAAACAACAGGAGCAGGUGGCAGAGGAUGAUGGGAAACGGCAACAAAAGGUGUCGUCAGACAGCCAGGGGCAUGAUGGGAAGCCGCUGUCCUGUAACAGCUGUGACUUCCAGGUAGCCAGCCCAGCAGCGCUCAAGGAGCACAGGAAGGAUGCCCACGGCCAGGCCCGCCUGCAGUGCGAGCAGUGCCCCUAUAGCACCCCCUAUCACAAGAAGAUGGAAGUGCACAAGAGAGUGCACUCCGGGGAGAAGCCUUACAAAUGUGAGGAGUGUGAGUACACCUGUAGUGAGAAGGGUCGUCUGGAUGCCCACCGGCGUAUCCAUGGUGACAGUAAACAGUACCUGUGCCCAGACUGUGGAUACAGCUGCAAGUGGCCCAACCAGCUGAAAACACACCAGCUCACACACACAGGAGCUAAGCCGUACAAGUGUGAGCAGUGUGACUACGCUACAACCCGUGCGGACACCCUGCAGACCCACGUGCGCACCCACACAGGGGAGAAACCCUUCAUGUGUGAGCAGUGUGGCUACUCCUGCACCACUAAGGGCAGCCUCAGGACCCACAAGAAGAAGCACCCAACAGACCGCCUGUACCGCUGCUCCAAGUGUCCGCAGACCUUCAAGUUUGCGGCAGGCCUGUACCAGCACACCCGGCGCCACACCAGCGUUAAGCCCUACCGCUGUACGUCCUGCGACUUUGCGGCCUACCAGAAACAGACUCUCAAGACCCACAUGCUCAAACACACAGGUGAGAAGCCCCACAAGUGCCCGUGGUGUUCCUUCGCGGCUCGUCAGAAGUCCAACCUGCAGUCUCACAUCCAGAGCAAACACCCCGGCGCAGAGGGACAGCCAAUCGGCAGCCAGCAGAAGCUCCUACGCUGUCCGCUCUGCCGCUACUCCGCCCGGAAGGGCAGCUUGCUGAAGCGCCACCUAGAGAAGCACCCGGAAUAUGCAGGCCUGCAGGAGCAGGGCUACUUCCAGAACCUCAUCCAAUCAGAGGACAGCCCGGACACCGAAGGGACCAAUCAGGACGCAGCUGCCAUGGAAACGGAACAGGUUGUCCAGGAAGUUGGUCCAAUUGAGGAGGGUGGCAGUAAUCAGGAAGAGGAGGGCGAAGGGACCUGCCCUCCCCCAGCAAAUAGUGGAACGACCUUCCAGCCACCUGUCGCCAAGGCAUCUCCAGAAUUGCAGGACUAUUUCAUUACUGAUAAGGGGGGUGAAGCAAAGGAAACAAAAGUGAAAACAGAUGGCGAGCAACAGCAAGAACCAUCCCAGCAGAACCUGCCGACCUCUGACCCCACCACAGGUCAGCUGGACUCUGCCCUGAUUGCCCAGAGCAUGUGCAGUCUGUUCGCCGACACUACACGGAGUUUGCUGCCCUCCCAGUCAUCAAGCAGUGAGCAGCAGAGAACAUUCCAGAACCAGGCAACCAAUCAGAAAGCUGUUCAGGACACCCUGCAGUUCCAGCCUUUGGAGGCAGAGGGCGAUGUUGGGGAGAAACCAAGUCAGCAAGGGGAGGCACCAGCCACAGCCAACCUGUCCACAUUUGAGUACAGCGUUGGUUCUCUGUCACCCGUAACACCCCCGGAUAUGAACUUAGAUGGUUCGGCCCAAAGUGGGUAUGGAACGACCCAAGUGCAACUGACAGCCGGGGGGAGUCCCGGCCAAAUGGAAGCAGAAAACAUGGGCGAUGAGUACAUAACCCCCCCAGACGUGCAAAUGGAAGCUUCUGGGUCAGGUGAAACCCAAGCCGAGACUACCAUUAAGAAGGAGGCAGACGACGGUGACCAUGACAACGACGUGGAGUAUGUCUCCGAAAGUGAAACUGAGGCAGAAAGUGAGAGUGAAGCCUUGCUAACGAAGCGGAUGUUAACGAAACACCUGCUGGCGGAAGACGCUCCGGAGGAGGGAGAGAAGACUCUUCAGAUGAACCUGCGUAAGAAGGAGAGGAGGAGGUACCAGCUGCUGGACUCAGGUGAUGAUGAUGAUGAGGCAGAUGAGGAUUAUGCUGAGGACGAGGAGCUCAGACCUGUCAAGAAGAGGAAAUAUACUCCCAGGAGGGGUACUGAGUCCUCCCCUGCGAUGUCUUACAGGGCGGCCCUGCAGUGCGAACACUGUGACUUCACCUGUAAGCAGGAGCGAGCGCUGGAGACUCACCUGCGCAAGUACCACCGUAUUAAGGGCCCCAUUAGUAUCAACACUGCAGCCAGGAAGAAACCUGGCGCCAAACCUGGUCCCAAGCCUGGUCCUAAACCUGGGCCCAAGGCCAAGAGGAGGCCGUAUGUGCACAAGAAGAUCCUGAACUGCAGCCAGUGUGACUUCACGUGUUACCAGGACAGGGCCCUGCAGACCCAUCUCAGGACCCACACUGGGGAGAAACCCUACAAAUGUGAGCAGUGCGACUUCCAGGCAGCCCAGAAGUAUCGUCUGACAGAACACAUGGCCGUCCACGACGAGUCUCGCCAGUUCAAAUGUGGAGAGUGCAGCCAGGCCUUCACCACACAGCACCAUCUUCAGCAGCAUGAGCUGCGCCACUCCGGCCAGCCCACACACACCUGUGACCUGUGUGAGUACGGCUGCUACGACCAGGCCUCGCUCAACAGGCAUAUCAAGAACAUGCACUCGGGUGACCUUGAGUUCAUCUGCCCCACGUGCGACGGGCGGUUCAACUCACAGGCGCACCUGAACCGCCACAUGACCAUGCACCGCGGCAAGCGCGAUCCAGAGGACCUCAAGUGUCCGAACGAGGGCUGCAACUUCGUGGCCAACAGUCGCUACGGGCUCUGGAAACACAACACGGAUGAACAUAAGGCUAAGGUGUGCCUGAAGUGCAGUGAGGAGUUUGACACCUACGACCAGCUGAAGGAACAUAAGAAGGUGCACAAGACCCACAAGUGCGACAGGUGUCCCUUCUCCACAUCCAGCGAGAACUACCUGCAGAAACACAUCUUAGACCUACACGCUGAUGGGGACGACAUCAGUUGUGACCAGUGUGACUUCACCUGCGGCCACCAGCUGCUCCUGAAGAAGCACCAGAACGCGGAGCAUCGCCAGCCCAAACCUGAGAAGGUGUUCCAGUGUCAGCUGUGCGACUUCUCUCAGACCAAACGUUGUCUCCUGGCCAGGCACAUGCGCAGGGUACACUCCACUGCAACUCCUUACAAAUGUGACAAGUGCAACUACUCAGCUAAGGAGGUGAGCCAGCUGCAUGUGCACCAGCGAGUGCAUGAGGAUGAGCGGCGCUACCUGUGCUCCGAGUGCGGAUACACCUGCAAGUGGGCCAACCAGCUCAAGAUCCAUCAGAUGUCACACACAGGUGAGAAGCCGUUCACCUGUCCAUACUGUAGUUACGCCUGCGAGCGUUCGGACAAGCUGAAGAUCCACGUGCGCACACACACCAAGGAGAAGCCCUACAUGUGCGAGCAGUGCGGCUUCCGCUGUUCCACCAAGAGCAGUCUGCGCUCGCACUCCCGCAAACACCGCUCCGACAAACCCUACCAGUGUCAGCUGUGCGACUCCUGCUUCAAGUACCCUACAGGGCUGUAUCUGCACAUGAAGACUCAUAAGGAGGACAAGCCGUUUAAGUGUGAGCACUGCAGCUACUCCACCCCCUUCAAGCGAUGCCUGCAGCAGCACAUGCUGCAGCAUACCGGAGAGAGGCCCUUCAAGUGCCAGUACUGUCUGUACACCGCCACACAGAAGGGAAACUUCCAGGCUCACAUGCAGAAAAAACAUCCCUGGGUCACUAACAGUGCAGCAACAGAAGGGGAACAGGCAGCCGCUGAUCCUGUACAGCAGCCAGACACGGGUGAGGGCACCCUACAGAACAAGCGCUACAAGUGCCACCUCUGCUCCUACUGUAGUAAAUACACUGUUAUAAACCCUUACAGCAGCCUGACACGGGUGAGGGCACCCUACAGAACAAGCGCUACAAGUGCCACCUCUGCUCCUACUGUAGUAAAUACACUGUUAUAAACCCUUACAGCAGCCAGACACGGGUGAGGGCACCCUGCAGAACAAGC